AUGAAUUCAGAUUGUGUAGAAUGUAAAGAAAAAGAUUUAAAGAUUAAAGAAUUAAAAUAGAAAAUUAAAGAAUUAGAAGAAUAAAUUGAAGCUUUUGGACCUGAGCUAUCUUAAGUCAAGAAACUUGAUGAAACUUCACAAAGGCUUUUGAAAGAAAAUAUUCAAAAAGUUAUUGGCGAUUUAAUUGGUUCAGAUCCUAAAUAAAAGUAUAUUUAAUAUACAUUAUCUUAGGAUAAAUUAAAUGAAACCUUUCUAAAGAACAUAAACUAGUAAUUUGACUGAAAUUUUAAAAUAACCAAUUAUUGAUGAAUAACAUACCUAUCUUGGAUAAAGAUUUUUUGAACAUUUUCUAAUAAUCGGACCAGAUAUAGAAGCAUUAUAAUAAUUAGAUUAACAUACAAAUGAAAUCAAAGUCAAACCUAAAAUUCUAUAUUAAUUCCCUAAUGUUAAUGAUUCCCUUUAGUAAUCUAAUUUAUAAUAUUCUUAGUGAUAUGGUUCCUCUUUACAUAUUUCCCAAUGAUAUUUUAACCAAAAAAUUAGAAGCCAAUGCUCAUAAUUUCAAUGAAAAAGUGUUACCAGAAUUAAAGUAAAUUAUAAUGCAAACUCUAUAAUUAACUAAAGGAGAUAAUGAAUACUCUAUUACUAUACCUAGAGAAGAUAUUUAAAAUAAUAGUAGAAUGACUGUAAGUGAAUUUGUCUAAGAAUCUAAUCCUAAUGUAUUUAGAAACAUUAUUUGUUUUGAAAUCAAUGAAUUCAUUUGUAUAGAUCCUAAUACAUUCAGUUGUUGGUUAUGUCCAAUUGUUCAUUGUUUUGUUAGCUAUUAUCCAUUUAUUAAAUUCUUUUUAAAAGAAAAUGCUAAUAUAUGGAAUCAAGUUAAAUUAGAAAGAAUUGAACCUUGUCUCUCUGAAACAUCCAGUCAUGAAGUCUUAAAAAGAGAUCUACUCUUUGUUAAAAGCAAAUUGAAUACUAUUAUUAUCAAUAGAUUGUUUUCUUUAAGAAGCAUCCAAGUUACUUAUGACUAAAAAUAUUAAUUGAAUGAAAUUUAAAUCCAAACACCAAAAAGAGAUAAUGCAUAAUUUCUCUAAUUUUUAUGGGGAUGUGAUUAAACUUUCCAUAUCUUAUCAUUCAAAGAAUUAAUUUACUUAAUCUCUCAUGUUUUACUAUCCCAAAGAGUUUUACUAUUUUCUAAAAGGAAAUCUGUACUUUCUCAUGUCAUGAUAACAAUCCUUUCCCUUAUACAUCCUUUUAAUUAUAAGUUACCAUUUAUAAUAUGCAUUCCAGAUGAACUUAUUGAUAGAGUGGCAGCUCCUUGUCCAUUCUUUUUUGGAGUAGUUGGGGAAUAUGAUAAUUAUUCCUAAAGAAUAGAAGAAGUUUAAUAAGAAGAUAUUACAAUAUUGGGUAUUGUUUUUUCUUAUUUUAAGAUCUUAAUACUAAAAGAAUUUACUUUUCUAAAACCUAAAGUAGAGAUUUAAAAAAGUGCAUUGCUCCAAUAAAAAAUAAUUCACAUUUGAAAUAAUUAUAUCAUUUGAUUAAUAACUCUCGAGAUAAUGCAUUUAAAACUAUUGGUAAAUAAAAUUCAAAUAGAUUUGAAAAAUCUACCAAUUCCAAUUCAGUUUUUAAAGAUAAUGAAAAACAAUAUUAAAAUCUACUUAAAGAUAUAGCUAAAUCCUUUUCAACCUUUUGGCAUUCCACAGUCAUUUAACAUAUCCCUAUUGAUAGAAGAUUUAUUAAACCAGGUGCAGUUGCUAUUUUAAAUUUACCAUUGCUUUAAGAAGUCAUGCUAUCUAAAUGUCCAAAAGAUUCUAAAAGAUUUAUCAAAGAAUUGAUCUAAAACCCUACAUUUACAGGAUAUUUAGAUGAACUAUAUGAAGUUAUUUAUUAAUAAAAGUAAUGA